AUGGAGACUGAUUACCAAAAUUACGUCGAGUCAUUGUCGGGGGUUUCUUCGGAUGACGAUGAUAUAUCUACGGUGGAUAGUUCUGAUGAGGCUGAGGAGUCGACCAACUCGCAAACUCACCCAUUGCAGACGCAAUCGCGAACGCGAAAUUUGGUACAAAUGUUGUACGACAGAGAGCGCACAGGAUUUUUCUCAGGUCAAUCACGGGAGGGCCAAAAACUGAAACUUCCUUACGACCAAGUGCCAAAUAGGUUAAAAUUAUAUCUCAAGGACGUGUUGGCAAGCAAUGCCUUAGAGGGGCACAUAUUCAUGGGACUGACUGCUUGUGGGCAGUACAUGAUCAGCCAUCGAGUCGUGUGCAACGACAACACAUCACUCAACCAUUACUCCUUUAAUGUGGGCUACAAGUACACUCUUUACUUUUGGCUCUUUCAACCCCACAAAAAAAUGCGAUAUUUUUUCUCGCGCCGUUUGUUCGAUGAUCAUGUGGUCGACAAUCUAAAAUCGGUCACCAUGACACAGUGGAAAAAUGCAGACCAGCAAAUUCUGGUUGUACAUGGCGCUGCGACGGAAGAGAGCGAGGAAAGCUAUAUAACAUAUGUCAAAGUUCCUAAGCUUGGUUGUUUGGAGUGUAGAAAGCUUUGCGAUGACGGUCCAUGUUCCUUUUACAAUGCACACUGUCUCAAUUGCCAUUUGACAGUACACACAAAGUACUCCUCGACCGAAACGGAUCCCCGUUUCGAGCCGACAAUAAAUCUCCUUUGCCCAGAGCGCAUUCUCAUUAUCUCGAAUGGCUUCAUGCACAUGCUGCGAAUUGACGUGGACACGCCGGCCGUACCCAAUAGCAGCUCCUUGCCACAGCAAAAUUAUAACCUGCCCUGCACUCAGCAAAACCUGCUGCUACCACGCACUCCACUAGCCAGCGAAGAAGAUCGCUGCUCCGUCCCCUUUACUGGUUCUGAAGCGGAUAGUGAGCACAGCGUUGUAGCACGCAUUAUUGCGGAUUUCAGUGACAUUGAAACUGAUCAUACUCACCGCACUAAUAAUGCCAUUAACAAUAAAGAUAACAUCGAAAUUCAACAGCGCAGCUAUGCAGAACACAAUAGCGUCGGUUACGAAAAGUUAAUUUUUUCGUCUAACUGCAGCAACGGCGUAGCUGCGUCUAGUAUGACACUGUUGGAAACCACCUUACCAGUGGUAAUACAAAAUGUUGUUGGCACCAAUGAAUCCACCCAAUCAAGGAAGCGCAAUCAGCGUAUUGUCACUAGAUCUUACCGCAACGGAAUCACAACAAUUGAUAUGCAAAACACAUCGACUUCCAGCUCAAUGACAGACAAAUCAAAUGCCUACGAGUUCUCCGAAGACAACGAAAAGUGUGAAAAGAUUUCAACAUUUCGCAAGCGUCGUCUUGCUGAUAAAAAAUAUGAGUUCUCCGAGGAUAACUCUGAAAACAUCAUACCGUUCACCAAAAUUCGUUCAGCAGGACGUACAACGUUUAGCCCAUCAACUGCUAGUUCAUCUGGCCAGCGUAGUCUGCAUAGGUUUUCACCCACGGCACACUAUUUUCACAAUUCUCCAUGUGCUUCCCCAUCAUCAUCGCCACACCCAACACAGCCAUCACAUACCCCGCCACCGCCGCUGCAUUUGGGAUUUCGUUCACCGCCUUCCAGCUCGAGUCUAAUGCGCUCGCCCAGCCGCAAUGCAAAUGCAGCCACUGUAGCUGCUCAAAUUUACAAUCAAAAGUCGCCACCGCUGUCCCAGGCGACACAACAAAUGCUCAGUUAUAAGCCCGUUGGACCUUUGGGUGCAUUAUCCCCACUGCAGGUAUCUAUGGCCAAGCGCUUUGAGAUUGGAGGAUCAAUGUCACCCAACGCCGGGCUGUCAUUUUUAUCGCCGCGGCGUGAUGAGCAGCGCAUUGUCGAAAUGCCAGUGCAGGGCGGAGUUAUGCCAGAGAAGCCGGUAUGCACCAAGAAGCUGCGACGUCGCUAUGUAGAUGAGGACGAUGCCACCUCUGUAAUUACUAGUGAAGAAGACGAUUGUAUCUCCCCGGGCUAUCAUACCUCGCUUCCCAUGGAGGUGCACGGCUCUUGCUAUUCUGAAAUGCAAAUGAUUUCACAGGCAUCCUUUCAACGCUUGCGCUGCAGCAGCGUGGUUAUAACACAACACUCCUUUGAUCUUGAGACUUUCACCUAUUAUGUUAUAAGCAUGAUCUGUCAAAAGCAUCAAAAGAUCUACAAUGUAUUUUACGAUUGGGCCUAUGAGUUCAUCAGUGUUUGCCCGCUAAGCCAAACUAUUAGCUGUAUGCUCAUGGCACAAUUCUCGGCACGCGAUCAAAUGCCUGCCACUCCAACUAAUUGUAUGUACUGCACAGGUCGCAUGGGCUGUGUUUUUCACAAUCGACAAUACGAGUGUCGUAUUCUUUUCACCUGGAAUAUGGAGAGUGGACAAUGGCAGGUACUUGACUAUGGCGAACUCAAAGAAAUGCACGAACUGUUCAGCCCUCUUAAGCGGCUUGGGAAAUCUCGUUUGACCUUUGCUCAGGUGGCCAGACAGAUCGCUCAGGAAAUGUCAGCUAGUCUAAACCGGCUGCCUGAUUAUACCUCUAAUUUGCGAGUACUCAACUCAGAUAUGAAAAAGUCUAAAUCAUCUAUUUGCGAUUUGGACAACAUGGUGGAGUUUCAUCUGAAGCGCACGAUCAACUAAAACCUGCUUAUGGCUAGGGUAUAAAUUGCUGUUGUACAGUUUUGCUGUUCCCUCGCCAAGUACAAGUGCAUCUAGUUCAGUUUCAAACACAAUAACUUGUGCUGUAUUUAGUUUUAAAAAACUUUUUUAUUAGUUCAACGAAACGCUUUUGCAAAAGUUUAAAAUGCGUCCUAGUUUUGACUGAAAUCGUUUAAUUAUACUACAAAUAGUAGUUAAUUUUAUGGCAUACAUACAAUAACGCAUAUGUAUAUAAUAAAAUACUUUUGAUAUUUCACAUCAUACUAAAUACAACUUAAAAAUUAAUUAGUAAUAUAAUAUGAAUAUGGGCUCAGAAAUAUGGUGCCACAUAGCUAGAUACGCCUGUCCUAUGGGUUGACUUAAAUAUACAAAUCUAAUCAUAUUUAAUAUUUUAAGACUUGAGUGAGUGAGUAAUAUUUUGAGAAGCUAAUAUGGCCAAUGCAUUGCUAAUUAAUGACAACCAACACUUAAAUAUAAACUAUAUGUGCUUUUCAAACA